AUGGCUGGUCCCCAGGAGUCCAAGUCAAACACCAACCAUGACAUUACGUACUCUCACGGUGCCAGGUUCAAGUGCAAAAUGGGGGGAGAGUGGCUGCCCAUCACCGAGUUCUCAAGGAACCAGCGAAAGCUCAUAGACCAUCAAGUCGGACGUGGCGGCCGUGUCGACACCGCCAACUCGGGUAUGAUUUGUCGCCACCAUACCACUUCAACAGUCCGGGAGAUCCGUUGCGAACUCUGUCAAUUGAUCAAGCCCGAAAACGAGUUCAGCACGAACAGCAAGAAGAGCGGCGACAAUCUCUGCCGACGAUGUGUUGCAUGGGGCGAAACGCAAGAACCAGAGGUUACUCCAUUUGCUCUCGAGACAGGGCAUAUCUCCGUCGAAGAAGAUGUCAAGAAGCCCGGAGAUAGACGAUAUUGGGACGAAGCAGACUUCUUCGUUGGUGCUAAACCGCAGGCGCCGAUGGAGGACUUGGAGGGGCUCGGUCUCGAGCACCUCAGUCUUGACCAGUUGGAGAAGGCACGAUCUGCCAUUUCGCACAACACAGCCGGUGGCCGGGGCGAGGCAUCUGGUGCUGGUACACCUGCGCACACCAGCUCGACAGUCGGUUCCCGGGGUCGAUCGCAAGCUCCAGGUUUACCGCCUCAUCUCGCUCGAGGCCGAGGCUCGGGUACCACGAAUAAUGAGGCAUCUGGUCUCAACACACCUGCACAUCCCAGCUCGAUGGCUGAUUCCCGAGAACGGUCCCAAGCUCCAGCUCUGCCGCCGCAUCUCGCCCGGGCCCGAGGUAGUGCCAUGGAUUCCGAGACGGACAGUGCGUCUCUGAAGAUGUCUGGCAGCCGGGCUUCUUCGAGUGGUGCCAUGCCUGCACCAGCCGAGGUCGCUGCCAAUAACCUCCCGCCGCACCUCCGGAGCCGAAUCACGCCAGCCCCUUCCGCGGCAGCGCCUUCAGUCUCUGGUGGACGACCUGCAAGCACUGUUUCCACUGCCACGACGGUGAGAGACGAGAGGCAGCGUAGACAGGAGGCCAGCCAAGUCGUAUUCAACGCCUGGGGUCCGGAUGGUCAGCGCCGCACGGCGGUGAAGACCCCGACCGUUGUGUCGACGACAGACCAGAGCUCUGUGGCAAACGACUCGUCCGAAUUUGAGGACGAUGGCUGGCAAGUCGCGUCUGGCGGCAGGGGCAAUCGCGGCAGGAAUAACUGGCACAAGGCGCCGCGGAUGCCCCAGGCGGAGUUGGGCACCCAGACCAGGUUAACGCACAUCAGUGCCCGCUGCGACGACCCCGUGGCUGAGGCGAAGCGCCGUGCCGAGUACUGCCACUCGGACGACUCAGAUUACUGA